GCGGCCGGGGAGACAAGGAUGGCAACUCUGGUGGAGCCGGGGCCGGACACUGAGCCCUCCAACAGCAUCCUGAACCCCACUUCUACCUCCCCCAGCCUGUCACACAGAUUUCUAGACAGUAAAUUCUACCUGCUGGUGGUGAUCGGGGAGAUAGUGACAGAGGAGCAUCUGAGGUGUGCCAUCGCCAAUAUAGAGAGAGGUAUCCGAUCAUGGGACACAAAGCUCACUGAAUGCAACUUAGAUCAAGAAUUGAAGCUCUUUGUAUCCCGUCACUCUGCUAGAUUUUCUCCAGAAGUUAGAGGUCAAAAAAUUCUUCACCACAGAAGCGAUGUCUUAGAAACUGUAGUUUUAAUAAAUCCUUCAGAUGAAGCUGUCAGUACAGAAGUGCGAUUGAUGAUUACAGAUGCUGCAAGACACAAACUUUUAGUGUUGACCGGACAGUGCUUUGAAAACACUGGCGAACUUAUUCUUCAGUCCGGAUCUUUCUCUUUCCAAAAUUUCAUUGAGAUCUUCACAGAUCAAGAGAUUGGCGAACUAUUGAGCAAUACACAUCCCGCAAACAAGGCAAGUCUUACACUCUACUGCCCUGAAGAAGGACACUGGAAGGAUUCCAAUUUGGACCGACACAAUCUUCAAGACUUCAUAAACAUCAAACUUAAUUCCUCAUCAAUUUUGCCUGAAAUGGAAGGGCUCUCUGAAUUCACAGAGUAUCUUUCAGAGUCAGUAGAAAUACCAUCACCUUUUGAUAUCUUAGAACCACCGACAUCCGGAGGCUUUUUGAAGCUCUCAAAGCCAUGCUGUUAUAUAUUCCCAGGAGGAAGGGGAGAUUCUGCUUUGUUUGCAGUGAAUGGAUUUAAUAUGCUUGUUAAUGGUGGAUCUGAAAGAAAAUCUUGCUUUUGGAAACUCAUUAGGCAUUUAGACAGAGUGGAUUCUAUAUUGCUUACACAUAUUGGGGAUGACAAUCUGCCAGGUAUUAAUAGUAUGCUUCAAAGAAAAAUGGCUGAACUGGAAGAGGAACAGUCCCAAGGGUCAACAACCAACAGUGACUGGAUGAAAAACCUAAUCUCUCCAGACCUUGGAGUCGUGUUCCUCAAUGUACCAGACAAUCUGAAAAACCCAGAACCCAACUUUAAAGUUAGAAGAAGCAUAGAGGAAGCUUGCUCUACUCUUCAGUACUUAAAUAAACUCUCCAUGAGGCCAGAACCUCUAUUCAGAAAUGUAGGAAACACAAUUGAACCCAUUAUUUUGUUCCAGAAAAUGGGUGUAGGAAAACUUGAGAUGUAUGUGCUGAACCCAGUUAAAGGUAGUAAAGAAACACAGUAUUUCAUGCAGCAGUGGUCAGGUAGCAAUAAAGAUAAAGCUGGUCUAGUGCUUCCUAAUGGUCAAGAAGUUGAGAUUCCAGUUAAUUACUUAACAUCUAUUUCCUCCCUCAUCGUAUGGCAUCCAUCAAAUCCUUCAGAGAAAAUAGUUAGAGUUUUGUUUCCAGGGAAUACAACCCAAUACCAAAUACUUGAAGGCCUUGAAAAGCUCAAACAUCUUGACUUUCUAAAACAGCCUGUGAUAACACAGAAGGAUCUAAGUGACCAUAUAUCGAGCCCUGCAGUGAAACAGGCAAAGAUGAAACAAAGAGCUGAAAGCAAGGAGAGCUUAAAAAUGCCAUCAAAAUCAGCAUCCAGUAAACCAAGUAAAAAAGAAUCAAAAGAAGAGCCAGCUGAUGUAGUCAAAAGCCAACCUGAUCAACCAGAAAAAGUGGAGAGCAAGGAAAAAGCUUUAGUGAAAAAGGCUCAAAAAACUGAGGCUAAAACCUAUUCAGAGAAAAAUGCUGUGAACAAAGUAGAAUCAAUAGUUAAGUCAGAAGUGGCAGAGAAACAGAAAGCAGAUGUGAAACCCAAAGCUGCAAAAGAAAAACCAGUGAAAAAAGAAGUAAAGGCAAAAUCUGAAGAAGUAAAAGAGGAUAAAGAAAAAGUAAAGAAGGACAAUGUAAAAAAGGAAGACAAAAUACCAGUUAAACAGAAAAAGGAAAGUAAAGAAGACAAACCUAGGAAAGAAGUAAAAGAAGAGAAACCCAAAAAAGAGGUUAAAGAAGAUAAACCUAAAAAAGAAGCUAAAGAAGAUAAACCUAAAAAGGACACCAAAAAAGACAUCAAGAAGGAAGAGAAACAUGAGAUAAAAAAGGAAAAAGAGGAUGCCAAAAAAGAAGCUAAAAAACCUGCUAAAGAGACAAAGAAAGCAGCAGCAACACCAUCAGAUACUAAAAAGCUUGCUGUUAAGGCAAAGGCCCAAAAGAAAGAUGAAUCCAUCAGUAAGGAAUCAACAGCUCAAAGCAAGUCAAAGGAAAAAGGAAAGGUAACUAAGAAAGUAGCUGAGAAGAAGCCCUUGGCAGCUGCAGCAGCAGCUGCUGCCACUGCAGCUGCGACUGCGGCAGUGUCUGUUGCUGCUUCAGCAACAGCAGCUGGAAAAAUAAAUGAUAUGGUGGCAGAAAGAUCUCUCAUGUCCUCUCCUGAAGAUUUAACAAAAGACUUUGAAGAGUUACAGCAUGAAGUCGUCAUAAAUGAAGAACUGAAGUCCCACCUUCAGGCUCUGUCACCCACAGAUGAACCAGUCAUAGUACAGACUGAAUCUUACAUCAUCAAGAAUGAAAACACUAGCAGUGAACAACCCGCAGAUUCACCAGAUGAAGGAAUAACUACAAUGGAAGGUGAAUGUGAGCAGACUCCAGAAGAACUGGAAGUAAUAGAGAAACAUAGAUCUGGGGACAUUGACAAGUUUGAAGAUGAAGGAACUGGAUUAGAGGAAUCAUCAGAAGCUGGUGAUUAUGAAGAAAAAGCGGAGACAGAAGAAGUCGAAGAACAAGUGGAAGAUAUUGAAGACAGAGCCUCAUUGGUAGAACAUCAUACUGGUGAGUUUGCCGAAACUGAUGAAACUGAGGAAGAGGUUGAAAUUGAUGUAGUUGAGCAUUUGAAGGGUAAACAUAAAUACAUUAUUGAUUCUGAAACAGCAGAGGAACAAGCUGAAGAAGACAUAGAUGAAAGUGCUGAAAAGGUUGAAGAGGAAGAAACAGAGGAAGACAAAACAGAUGAUGCAAAGGAUGAUGAAGAAACAGAAAAGCUAGAAGCCGAAGACCUUUAUCUAACCGCUAUAAAAGACAAGUCAGAAAUGGUUAGUGAUGCUGAAGAUAAGUACAUUCCGUCUUCAACACCGUCCAAGACUUCUGAGCCCCAGUCCCCAGCUGUUGAACCCGGGGCUUCAAUUCAUGAUGAAACUUUACCUGGUGGCUCUGAAAGUGAAGCAACUGCAUCUGAUGAAGAAAAUCGAGAAGAUCAGCCAGAGGAAUUUACUGCCACAUCUGGAUUUACUCAUUCAACUAUUGAAAUAUCUAGUGAACCAACACCAAUGGAUGACAUGUCAACACCCAGAGAUGUAAUGAGUGAUGAGACAAACAAUGAAGAAACUGAAUCUCCAUCUCAGGAAUAUGUCAAUUUAACUAAAUAUGAGGCCAGCUUGUAUUCCCAUGAGUUUGACAGAACUAGAGUGUCUCAACUGCCUGAAGGGUUGAAUGGGUUAUCUGAUGUGUCUAAAACAGAUGCUACUGAUGGCAAAGAAUACAGUGCUUCAGCUUCUACUAUCUCACCGCCAUCCUCCUUAGAGGAGGACAAAUUUUCAAAGUCAUCACUGAGGGAUGCAUAUACCUAUGGGCCCAUUGAAGUGAAAGGUUCCACAAAUCUUGAAAUUCAGGAUGAUUAUGAGCUGGAAGAAAAAUUAAGUCCAAGUAAAAGCCCAGCUCCUCCUUCACCAAUAUCUAAAACACCUUUAAGUGAGCGAAGUGUUAAUUUUGAUCUUACUCCUAAUGAAAUAAAAACAUCAGAUCUUGGUGUCCUACCACCUUUAUAUGACCAUGAAAAAGAAAUAACCGAACAGUGUCCUUCCCCAGAUGAUAAAACUAUUGAAGUAGCUUCUCCUUCUCAAUCUGCCGCUGGAAGUGCUGGGCACACACCUUACUAUCAGUCACCAACUGAUGAAAAAGCUUCAAACUUACCCACAGAAACACUGGAAAAAACACCUGUUCCUAUUGUCUUUGAAUUUACUGAUACCAAAGAAAAGAGUGAAAGUCCUAAAAUAAGUCCCAUGGAUGAGCCAGUGCCAGAUUCAGAAUCCCCAAUAGAGAAAGUCUUAUCUCCAUUGCGAAGCCCACCAUUGAUAGGAUCAGAGAUGACCUACGACAGAUUUUUAACUACUACUACUGCUAAAUCUUCAUCUGGACAUGGUAGCACUGUUGAUGAGCAUUCCUCUUCUCAGAUUAGUCCUGUAUCUGAAAUGCUGUCUGAUGCCAUUUCUCAAGAACAUGGUGAAAAGUGCGAGCUUUUCUCUAGUAAAGCAUUUGGUGUAGAGACAUCCAAUGUCCUGGAUGGUGGAAAGCUUGCAGGGGAAAUUUCUCCCACUCAUAUAAAUACCAAUCCAUUUAUCUCAUUUAAGGAGGAUACAAAAAUGUCAAUUUCUGAGGGCACUGCAUCUGAUAAGUCUGCCACUCCUGUAGAUGAAGUUGUGGCAGAAGACACAUAUUCCCACAUUGAAGGUGUUGCCUCAGUCUCUACAGCCUCUGUGGCUACUAGUUCAUUCCCAGAACCAACCACUGAUGACGUAUCACCUUCACUUCAUGCUGAAGUUGGAUCACCUCAUUCCACUGAAGUGGAUGACUCCCUAUCUGUUUCAGUUGUUCAGACUCCCACCACAUUUCAAGAAGCUGAAAUGUCACCAUCUCGAGAGGAUUGCCCACGUCCAAUGUCAAUUUCUCCCCCAGAUUUCUCACCAAGAACAGGAAAGUUCUCAGCAUCACUGCAAGAGCAGCGAUCACCAGAACAGUCAACUAUGGAAUUUAGUCAGGAAUCACCAGAACAAUCAUUUGCUAUGGAUUUUAGCAGACAAUCACCAGAGCAUCCUGCAGUCACCUCCAGCAUGCUCCACAUAUCAGAAAAUGGACCAACUGAAGUGGAGUACAGCCCCUCUGACCCUCAUGAAUCUUAUUUUGGCAAUAAGAUUUCAAUGGACAAUGAGUUUUAUGCUGUAGACAAACAUCAACAACACUCUGGAAAAGCUCAUGCAGAGGGUUCUCCCUCAACUUCCUCUGCACACUCACAAGCUUCUUCUCCUUUAAAAGAAGAGGAUUCCUUAAAAGAUGUGGUUGAGAAUUGUGACAUGCCUUUGUAUUCUCCACCAAUACUUGAGCAAGAUUAUUUUAAGGAUGAUAAGUUCUCCCCUGGAGCAGAUGAUUCUCUAUUAACUCCAACACAAUCUUUACUGAGACAAUCCCCAGGCUCAACAGAUCCUGCACAGAAGCUACAUUUGAGUGAACAUAGUUCAGCAGCCCUAUCAUUAGCAGCAGAGGCUGAAGAACCAUUAAGCUUUCAGGCAAGAGCGUUAAAUUCAGUAGUAAAGGAACCCGCAGUUCUCCAUAAUACAAAUCCCUUUGCUUAUGCAGUAGAACUUGAUAGCAGAGACAACAUAUGUGAUGCUUAUUCUUAUUCAAGUGAAACAAAUGACCGAUUUUCUGCCUCAGACAAAUCACCUUUUGCGGAACACCGGCAAGAGGUUGACCUUUGUCUUGUGUCUGCCUGUGAAUAUAAGCACCCAAAAACAGAACUGUCACCUUCUUUCAUUAACCCUAAUCCUUUAGAAUGGUUUGCAAAUGAGGAACAAGAACAAGAACAAGAAAAGCCUUUAACUCAACAUGGAGGAGGGCAGCCUCCUUCAGGAGGGAAACAAAAAUCCCGCCAGUGUGAUGAAACACCCCCAACAUCUGUAAGUGAAUCAGCCCCAUCUCAGACAGAUUCUGAUGUCCCACCUGAAACAGAAGAAUGUCCUUCUAUAACGGCAGAUGCAAACAUAGAUUCUGAAGAUGAAUCUGAAACCAUCCCAACUGAUAAAACUGUAACUUAUAAACACAUGGAUCCUCCCCCUAUUCCCAUGCAAGAUCCAAGCCCAUCUCCCAGGCACCCUGAUGUCUCAAUGAUGGACCCGGAAACUUUUCCUGUUGACCAGAGCUUAGGCAAACCUAUGAAAAAGGACAUGAAGGAAAAAGGAAAAACCAAAAAAGUUGGAAGCAAGACAAAAUCAUCUUCUCCAGGUAGGAAAGGUGACAGCAAAUCAAAAGCUGCAGCUGCUUCACCGAAACCCGGGCCUAUCAAAGAAACCACGGAGAAGAGUGCAAAGUCUGUAACCCCCAGAAAGAAAGAUUCAAUAGAAAAAGUUCCAAAGGUUACCCCAAAUCAAGAUCUCAAAUCAUCAAAAAUUGAAGAGAAAGAUAAAGAGGCCAAGAAUGCUACAAAUAUAAAUACGACAAAAUCAUCUAAAACUGGAACCACAGGAGGUGCAUCUGCAAAAUCUUCGAAGACAGCAGCUGUGCCCCCAGGCCCACCGGUAUACCUAGACCUGGUCUAUAUACCCAAUCACAGCAGCAGCAAGAAUGUUGAUGUGGAGUUUUUCAAGCGGGUACGAUCCUCAUACUAUGUAGUGAGUGGAAAUGAUGCAGCAGCUGGAGAACCUAAUCGGGAUGUACUAGAUGCUCUUCUAGAAGGCAAAGCUCAGUGGGGAAGCAAUAUGCAGGUUACGUUAAUUCCUACUCAUGAUUCAGAAGUCAUGCGAGAGUGGUACCAGGAGACACAUGAGAAACAGCAGGACCUCAAUAUAAUGGUGCUGGCUAGCAGCAGCACUGUUGUUAUGCAAGAUGAAUCUUUCCCAGCAUGCAAGAUUGAACUGUGAGGAGACCGCUACUCAUUGCCGCACCUUAACACAGCUGAUUAAUGGAAAUGUCACCUAGAGAUUACAAAUAACUGCAGAACUAUAUAUUGCCCAAUGCUAUCCUGUGUCUUGCCAACACAGAUUUUAGUUUUAUAUAUAUAGAUAUAUAUAUAUAGAUAUAUAUAGAU